AAGAAACCAUAUGUGGAGAAAAUAAAGAUUGUUCGGCGGGCUAAGCUUUCCGACAACUGCUUCAGUGAUGGUCACAUGGCCAAGGACUGUAUGAAAGGAAGCUCAUGUGAGGUUACCGGUUGCAACAGAAAGCAUCUCACCCUUCUCCACCCUCCAAGGCAAGAAGAUCCCAAGCGAAGAGCUGUAAGAGAUCUACCAGGACCAACGAACGAGGGGAAUGAACACUUAGAAGAUGGAAAUCCCGAAGGUGGUAACUGUAAUGUAACUAACAGAAGCUGCGGUGUUCGUCUGCGUAUUGUGCCGGUUAAGGUUAAGGGAAGGAAUAGUGAUAAGGUGAUCGAAACCUAUGCGUUCCUGGACAAUGGCUCGGAUGUAACUCUCUGCGACCAGAAACUAGUACGAGAGCUGGAGUUAGAUGGAAUCGAAAGGAAGUUUUCGUUAACCACGCAAGAGAAGCGAGAUAGCAGAAGAAAAUGUUUAGAAGUUCAGCUGAGGAUCGAGACAAUGGAUGGAAACGAUGCUUUAGACCUACAAAGGGUGUGGACUGUGAAUGAAUUGAACAUUUCCCAACGAAGUAUCGCCACAGCAGAAGAUAUAGAGCAUUGGAAACAUCUAAGUGGCAUCGGGCUGCAUAGUAUUGAGGAUAAAGAAGUGAGAAUUCUUAUCGGAAGCGACGUGCCUGAAGCGUUCUGGGUCCUGGAAGAAGGGCGCGGUGGUAGAGGAGAACCAUACGCGAUUAGAUCACCCCUGGUAUGGACUGUGUUCGGACCUACAGAGCCAGUAUAA